UUAGGCUAGUGACUGAAAGGUUGUUGUGUUGAAAUAGCCUACAGUUUACAGGCAAAGUCAUUGCUGGGACUCCUGCCAUCUUGACGACUGGCUGUUGUUAAUAUGUUCGGCUUCACUAGUCAGGUCGUGAGGUGGCUGGAGAGGACAACAGGAGGACAUGGGUCCUAAGGGAAAUCACUGCAGCUCCCCACCUGUCUCUGGCUCUUUCAGCGGCCAACGAACUUCAACUGACAAAAUCCAGUGUUCUCAAGUCUUGUGACUUUUUGCCACUGUAUUGCUUUUGAUGUGGUCAGCCCAUGGAGGAAAACGGUGGCGUAAAAGGAGUAGGCUGACAGGAGAUACACUAAUAGAGUCACAAGGCAGGACAAUGGAGAGCUGUGUGUGGGACUGCUGGAGUCGCCUGGGGCACAACAGUUUGCUAAAAGACACUCUACGUUUACUUUGAACCUUUUUUUUUUUUUCCUGUCAGCCCUUCAUGGCUACUUUAAUGUCUUUUAAAUGUAAGACAUCUAUAAAUCUCUGCCCUGAAUGCAAAUGUGAUUUUUAUUUUAAACUCUAAAAAGACUACUCUAAUGCUAGGUCUGUUGUACUCACAAGGUAAUUGAUUUUUCAAAAUGAAUGUAUGAUGAGCGUUUUCAUGGCUCAUGUUCAGUGGAGUUUAAGCCCCCAGCUAUAUUUUGGUUUGUGUGACCCCCUUGUUUUGCUCUUCCUCUCACCCCUGAAAGGAUAGCAUUGUGACUUGUUCUCUUCCUGAAUGAUAAAGCGGCAACAAAAACCACUCCGACAGCAUUCUUUAAAAAAAAAAAAAUAGAGGAACUUUUUUCUUUUGUUGUCUUGACUUUGUGGUGGGCGUUCAGUUCUAAGUUUAGAGGACUUUGAGGAAAUUAUAGUUUUUAAAUAUUAGAAGAAAAGUCAGAUGCUAACUUUCAAGUGGGAGUUUAUUCGAAGCUAUUGUCAAGAAGAGUGUUGUCUUCAGGCACGUGGUGAUGUGUAGUCGAAUUCUUCAUCUCAAGGUCAGCGGAUCACCAGUGGCUGUGCUGACACGCUCUGACUGUGACCAGGCCAUGAAGGAUUGUGAAUUCUCUGAGAAAGAAAAUGAGUUUCGGGGUGAGCUGGUGAACCAGCGGUGGACACGAGGCGAGAGGACCAACAGCCGCUGUCAGGCCUCCCAGAGACUGCAGAGCCGUCAACCAAUCAUGAUGAGUGUGGAGGGUGAUGACAAGCGAACUCGCACUCGGUCCAAGGGAAUCAGAGUUCCUGUUGAGCUCGUAGGACAAGAGCUGAGCUGCCCCACCCCUGGAUGCAAUGGCUCUGGCCAUAUCAGUGGGAGAUACUCACGACACAGAAGCGUACUGGGUUGCCCCAUAGCCAGAAAGCGCCGUUUAGAGGAAGCAGAGGCCGAGCAGGAGCAGGAGCAGGAUGCAGAGCCGCCGGCCUCCAAGAGGAAGGCACAUCCCUUAAAGCUGGCCCUGGACGAGGGCUUCAGCGCAGAGAGCGACGCCAGCAGUGAGGCUGAGGGCGAGGGAGAGAAGGAUGAGCAGGGAGCAGGAGAAACCAAGAGGGUGGGACAGGAGGGGAGGGAGCCAGUUGUAGAGGGGGAGAGAGAGGAGACGACAGAAGACCUGACACAGGAUGGACAUACAAAUGGACAGAUGGAUGAGAAAGAGGAAGAAGAGAGUGAUGAAGAAGAGACAUAUCAGAAGCACGAGAACAUAUCUGCAGCGGAUGAAGAAGAAGAGUGUGUGAUCAUUGAGCCUGAGCUCGAAGCAGCGCCACCUACAGCCAAGUGUCAGUCUCUCUCUCACAGUGCUGAAGAGGUGGCCAAUUCUCUCCUCCACCUUGGCCGAGUCUCCAACAACAAUGCUCCAACUGUGGCCACUCAGCAGCCUGUUGCUAUGGAGACUGGGGAGGAUAUUGCAGCCGAAUGGGGUGAAGAAGUAAAGGAUGAGCAGGAGGGGGACAUGACAGAUGCACACAAAGUUCAAGUUUUGGAAGAGUCAUCUGUUCUACAGAGGGAUGUAGCUGAAGUCGUGGAAGAGGAGUUUGAAGAAGAGCAAGGAGUGUGCCCAGACAGGAGCAACCACAGUAGUCAGGAGAACUACUCAUAUUUGCCCAAGGAUGUUCACCAUGAACAGAUCAAAAAUGAAGGGGAGGAGGAAGAGGAAGAAGGGAUGGCAGUGCCAGGACGGCAGGGUACUCCAGCAGAAGAAGAUGGGGACGAAAAGAAAGAUGGGGAAGCCCACAGGGAAGUGAAACACAUUCUGCCCAUUUCUGAUGUGCCAACUGCCAUCCACACCAUCACCAGCACCGCAGCAGCUCAGGGAACACAUAUCGAGGCUCAAGACCACAGAGCCAGUCCUCUAGAGGACUACAAAUCACACAGGGCAAGUCCCCUUGGAAACUACUCCACCAACCGAGCCAGUCCACUUGACAAAUAUGACUCUCAUAAACGUAGCCCACUUCAAAACUACAAGGCCAGUCCAGCUUUAAGCUACAGCUCCCACGGGGCCAGUCCGCUUGAGGACUACUUUCCAAACAUCAGAGGUGAGAACUAUAAAAUCCACAAAGCCUCAUCCUCAGCCUCUCCCGACAUUAUCGAGGUGCACUCAGAUAAGUCAGAGAAAGACACUGAUGAUAUGGAUGGGGAUGACGAGCGUGACGAUGAAGACAGCCUGUCGCAGCGUUCCACUGUGACGGACGAGUCAGAGAUGUUUGACAUAACCCGAGGGAACCUGGGCCUGCUGGAGCAAGCCAUCGCCAUGAAGGCAGAGCAAGUGAAGCCAGCCGGGCCCAGAGAGCUGCUUUGUGCCCCAGAUAUCCACCACCAGCGAUACAUUACCAUGGAUGACAGGCCCAAGCACCUGGACAUCAUCCGCAAGAGCUACUUAAGCAAAGAGAGCAGCAGGCCAGAGAAGAGGGAGAUCAAGUGUCCCACCCCGGGGUGUGAUGGGACUGGUCACGUGACCGGUCUAUACCCCCACCACCGCAGCCUGUCAGGCUGUCCGCACAAGGACAGGAUCCCCCCGGAGAUUUUAGCCAUGCAUGAGAAUGUGCUGAAGUGUCCAACUCCUGGCUGCACAGGUCAGGGCCAUGUUAACAGCAACCGUAACACACACCGCAGUCUUUCUGGAUGCCCCAUUGCUGCUGCGGAGAAGCUUUCUAAGGGCCACGAUAAGCCGCAUCUCUCUCAGCCAGGCAGUGAUCACCUUAAAGGAUGUCCCAACGACAGAGUGUUAAGGCCCAUGUGCUUUGUGAAGCAGCUGGAGGUGCCCCAGUAUGGCAGCUACCGGCCCAACAUGGCACCCACCACGCCUCGUGCCAACCUGGCCAAGGAGCUGGAGAAGUACUCCAAGGUGUCCUUUGAUUAUGCAAGCUUUGACGCUCAAGUGUUCGGGAAGCGUAUGCUUGCUCCAAAGAUGCCCACCAGCGAAACCUCACCCAAAGCCUUCAAAACUAAGCCCUCAUUCCCCAAGUCGUCAUCACCCAGCCUCAGUCUCCAUGGUUACGGGAAGAGCUCCUCCUUCGACUACUCACAUGAUGCUGAGGCUGCUCACAUGGCUGCCACUGCCAUCCUGAACCUGUCUACACGCUGCUGGGAGAAACCUGAAAACCUCAGCACCAAACCCCAAAACAAAGAAAUGGAGAUCGAGGUGGAUGAAAAUGGCACACUGGACCUGAGUAUGAAGAAGCCCAUUAAACGAGAGGGCAGCUUGUCUGGCACCAGCCCUGGAGUUCGCUCACCAGACCCUUCUUCUUCCUCCUCUUCCUCGCUCCAUCAUGGUGGAAGCAGUGGAAUGACAUCACCAAACCUACACGCCUACAAGCAGGAGGAGUGGGAGGGACCUCUGGAUUACACCAAACCCAACCGCCAAAGGGAGGAGGAAGUGGACGAGAUGGAGCACACAGGCCAGUCAUUCGUCUCAUCCGACCCAGAGGACUGUGAUAUGAUGCAGGACUGUCUGGAGGAGAGGAAGUACCCAGGAGAAGUGACAACCCCAAGCUUCAAGGUCAAGUUCCCCCCCAAGGACAACAAAAAAGAGCUGCUCUCGUGCCCUACACCUGGAUGUGAUGGCAGUGGUCACAUCACUGGAAACUAUGCGUCCCAUCGCAGUCUGUCUGGGUGUCCUCUCGCUGAUAAGAGCCUUCGGUCCCUCAUGGCGGCCCACACCCCUGAACUCAAAUGCCCCACUCCAGGAUGUGACGGCUCAGGUCACAUUACAGGAAACUACGCCUCCCACAGAAGUCUCUCUGGGUGCCCACGUGCCAAGAAAAGUGGAAUUAAAACUCCUACCAAGGACAACCAGGAGGACUCCGAGCUUUUAAAAUGCCCGGUGCCGGGCUGCGACAGCCUGGGUCACAUCAGUGGGAAGUACGCCACACACCGUAGUGCCUACGGGUGUCCGCUGGCGGCCCGCAGACAGAAGGAGGGUCUCCUUAAUGGCACACCCUUCAACUGGAAGGCCUUCAAAACAGAGGGGCCUACUUGUCCCACCCCAGGUUGUGAUGGCUCCGGACAUGCUAACGGCAGCUUCCUUACACACCGCAGCCUCUCAGGAUGCCCCAGAGCCUUGUAUGCCAAGAAGAAGGCCAAGUUCCCCACAGAGGACUACCUGAGCACCAAGUUCAGAGCCAGUGAUGUUUUGGACAAUGAUGAGGACAUCAAGCAGCUCAACAAAGAGAUUAACGACCUCAAUGAGUCCAACAACGAAAUGGAGGCUGACAUGGUCAACCUGCAAACUCAGAUCUCCUCCAUGGAGAAGAACCUGAAGAGCAUUGAGCACGAGAACAAGAUGAUCGAGGAGCAGAAUGAGGCUCUUUUCAUGGAGCUUUCUGGUCUGAGUCGUGCCCUGAUCCGCAGCUUGGCUAACAUACGCCUGCCCCACAUGGAGCCAAUCACCGAGCAGAACUUCGACAGCUACGUAAGCACCCUAACUGACAUGUACACCAACAAGGACUGCUUCCAGAGUCCUGAAAAUAAGGCUCUGCUGGAGAGCAUCAACAAAGCUGUGAAGGGCAUCAAAGUUUGAGGCUCAACACACACAUACACACACAAAUGCGCAAAAACACACACACACACACAAAAACACACACCCAUGGAAGGAACGCAAACUGUCCUGAAGUGCAGGAGUGUGACGGAGGUGGAGACGGAGAAACGGGGAAAUGAAGGAGAAAUGUUGAAACACUACAAUAUAUUGAAAUAUGAUUCAAAAACAAAAAGGGAAUUCAGGUUAUUUAAAUAAACAGCAACUUCAAAAAAAUCAACCCAGGGAGCAUUCUGAAGAAAAGUGACGCGGACCAAAAUCCACACCAUACUGCUGCUGGGAUUUGGAGGAGGAAACAGACCCUUCAGCCAGAAUGGAUGGAAAAGAAGAAUGAUGUAACUAUAAACUGUAUCGGGGGAGGGUUGACGUGCUGUAUGUUUACCUGUUGUCUCUGUUGUGUCCAUGACUGUUUUUGGAGAGAGUUUCACUGUUGCACGGUUGAUAAGUUCAUCACACUGAAACGUGGAGGAAUGCGAACAAGGGAAUUGCAGGAGCUCUGCGACAUGAAGAGGACACAGAUAAGUUGAAUGUGAAGACUCUUGGCGUUGUCCUGUAGCAUAUGCUGUGGCGAGCGUGUGCGUUCACUGUCUGAUUCCUGACCACACACACACACACACACACACACACACACACGGAGCAUGCACUAAACUGAAUUUGUGUUUGCUUUGUGGUAUUACUGCAGCAAAGAUAUCAACAGUGCAAUGUUGACUCGCUUUAGCGAUUGGGGAGGGAGGCGGGGGUUCUUCAAACAAGGUCA